AUGACGCACUCGGCCACACGCCUUAUCGCACUACGCUCGUUGUUCUUAUCUAUAGUCUCACUGGCGACCCAUAUCCACGGCUAUCCAACGACACCUCCCUCCAUUGCUGAAGUGUCCACCGAAGCACCCAAUGUCGAUUACGGAUCGCCAGAAUUCUAUGAACGCGUGGUCGCCAUUAGCGUGCUGGUAGUGCUUGGUGGUGUCUUUGCUGGACUCACCCUUGGGUUGAUGGGUCUGGAUGAAACCAACUUGCAUGUCCUGAUUGCUUCGGGUACACCGGCUGAAAGAAAGAAUGCUGAAAAGGUGCUCGCGUUACUGGAUCGAGGCAAGCAUUGGGUCCUGGUGACCUUGUUGCUAUCCAACGUCGUCGUGAACGAAACAUUGCCCAUUAUCUUGGAUGGUGUCCUUGGUGGAGGAUGGAAAGCCAUUGUCAUAUCAACAGCUCUCAUUGUUAUUUUCGGCGAGGUCAUUCCUCAAUCCAUUUGUGUUCGUUAUGGUUUGGCCAUUGGAGCAAAAACCGCCCCCAUGGUCUUGGUGCUCAUGUAUAUCAUGUAUCCUGUCGCUUAUCCCACCGCUCUUUUGUUGGAUUACUUUCUUGGUGAAUCCCAUGGCACAGUAUAUAAGAAAGCUGGCCUCAAAACGCUGGUAUCGCUUCAUCAAGCUGUCAACCCAUCCGAUGUGGAAGCCCUUACUCCAGAUGAAGUAACGAUUAUUGGCGCUGUACUUGAUUUGCGUUCAAAAAGUGUAUCCCAGGUGAUGACACCAAUUGCAAACGUGUUUACACUUUCUACGGAUGAUACCCUGGAUGAGGCGUUGGUGGAUAUGAUUUUGUAUGCUGGCUAUUCUCGAAUACCUGUACACCAUCCCAAUGACAAGAACAACUUUGUUGGCAUGCUCUUGACAAAACGACUCAUCACCUAUGAUCCUGAAGACGCCUUGCCAGUGUCUCACCUUCAAGUCAGCACUCUUCCUGAAACUGGGCCUGAUACCAGCUGCCUUGAUAUUCUCAAUUUCUUCCAAGAAGGAAAAAGCCAUAUGGCACUUGUUUCAAAUGAUCCUGGAGGAACAAGCGGUGCAUUGGGAGUAAUUACAUUAGAGGAUGUCAUUGAAGAGCUCAUUGGCGAGGAAAUCAUUGAUGAAACGGAUGUAUAUGUGGAUGUUCGCAACAAGAUUCGUGUUGUACGCAAACAAGUACCCAACAGCAAGAGAUCAGCACGACUUCAUGCAAGGUUACAAGCACGAAAACGAGGCUCUGCGCCCGCCACACCCAAAGAAGGUCUCAAGAGAUCAGAGUCAACCCAAUCCAUGUCACAAUCCACAAGGUUCACAGAGCCGUAUCAAAAGAAUUAUGGAUCCAUUAUCACGAGUGGUAGAUUAUCCACUUCACCCAAUACUGCUCAUGAGACAACAUCCAUUGAGCAUCCACCUUCGCACCCACACCAUCAUCAUCAAGGCUAG